AUGGCCGCGCUGCCGCUGCCGGCGCUGCUGCUGUGGCCGCUGCUGGCGGCGGCCACGGCGCUGGAAAUCGGCCGCUUCGACCCGGAGCGCGGGCGCGGGCCGGCGCCGUGCCAGGCGGUGGCGAUCCCCAUGUGCCGCGGCAUCGGCUACAACCUGACCCGAAUGCCCAACCUGCUGGGCCACACGUCGCAGGGCGAGGCGGCCGCCGAGCUGGCCGAAUUCGCGCCGCUCGUGCAGUACGGUUGCCACGGCCACCUGCGCUUCUUUCUGUGCUCGCUCUACGCGCCCAUGUGCACCGAUCAGGUGUCCGCGCCCAUCCCCGCCUGCCGGCCCAUGUGCGAGCAGGCGCGCCUGCGCUGCGCCCCCAUCAUGGAACAGUUCAACUUCGGCUGGCCCGACUCGCUCGACUGCGCGCGGCUCCCCACGCGCAACGAUCCGCACGCGCUCUGCAUGGAGGCGCCGGAGAACGCCACGGCCGGCCCGGCCACUGAGCCGCACAAGGGGCUGGGCAUGUUGCCCGUGGCGCCACGGCCCGCCAGACCCCCGGGUGAGGCAGGCGUGGGCCCAGGCGCGGCGGACUCGGGCCCUGGCGGCGGCGGCACCUGUGCGAACCCGGAGAAGUUCCAGUACGUAGAGAAAAGCCGCUCGUGCGCGCCGCGCUGCGGGCCUGGCGUCGAGGUCUUCUGGUCUCGGCGCGACAAGGACUUCGCGCUCGUCUGGAUGGCCGUGUGGUCGGCGCUCUGCUUCUUCUCCACCGCCUUCACGGUGCUCACUUUCCUACUGGAGCCGCACCGCUUCCAGUACCCAGAGCGCCCCAUCAUCUUCCUCUCCAUGUGUUACAACGUCUAUUCCCUUGCCUUUCUCAUCCGCGCUGUUGCGGGCGCGCAGAGCGUGGCCUGUGACCAGGAGGCGGGUGCGCUCUAUGUCAUCCAGGAGGGCUUGGAGAGCACGGGCUGCACGCUCGUCUUCUUGUUGCUCUACUACUUCGGCAUGGCCAGCUCGCUCUGGUGGGUGGUGCUGACGCUCACCUGGUUCCUGGCAGCCGGCAAGAAGUGGGGCCACGAAGCCAUCGAAGCGCAUGGUAGCUACUUCCAUUUGGCCGCCUGGGGCCUGCCCGCGCUCAAGACCAUUAUCAUCCUGACCCUGCGCAAGGUGGCCGGGGACGAGCUGACGGGGCUGUGCUAUGUGGCCAGCAUGGACACGGCGGCGCUCACGGGCUUCGUCCUUGUACCUCUGUCCUGCUACCUGGUGCUGGGCACCAGCUUCCUCCUGACUGGUUUCGUGGCUCUCUUCCACAUUCGCAAGAUCAUGAAGACGGGCGGCACCAACACGGAGAAGCUAGAGAAGCUCAUGGUCAAGAUUGGGGUCUUUUCCAUCCUCUACACCGUGCCAGCAACCUGCGUCAUUGUCUGCUACGUUUAUGAGCGUCUCAACAUGGACUUCUGGCGCCUGCGGGCCACAGAGCAGCCCUGUGUCGCCGCCACCCUGCCUGGAGGCCGCCGGGACUGCUCCUUGCCUGGGGGCUCUGUGCCCACCGUGGCUGUGUUCAUGGUCAAGAUCUUCAUGUCGCUGGUGGUAGGCAUCACCAGUGGUGUCUGGGUGUGGAGCUCUAAGACUUUUCAGACUUGGCAAAGCUUAUGCCACCGCAAGAUGGCGGCCGGACGGGCGCGGGCCAAGGCCUGCAGAGCCCCUGGCAGCUAUGGGCGGGGCACUCACUGCCACUAUAAGGCCCCCAGCGUGGUAUUGCACAUGACUAAGACGGACCCUUCUCUGGACAACCCUACACACCUCUAGGGACA